AUGAGCAAGCGGAGCCGGCGCACAGCAGGCACCUCCAACGGUGAUCCACACGACCCAGCGACGGUCGCAGCCCGUCUCCUCGGCCCGCUCGGCCUCACCCCCGGGCCGCUCACGAACCUGCAAACCCUGUGGGCGGGGUACGGCUCCAUCUCGUCGUUCUCCGCGGUGGACAAGAGCGGCUCGUCGCACGCGCUGAUCCUCAAGCUCGUUGCGCCGCCGCGCGGCGCGUCACAAGACGAGGGCCACCGGCGAAAGAUGCUCUCCUACGGCGUCGAGCAGCACUUCUACUCUGCCGUUGUGCCUACCCUCCACCUUCCCUCGGAGGUGGGCAUCGCAAGCGUCAUCGCUACGAGCGGGGACGGCGUCAUUGCCACUGUGCUCGAGGACCUGCGGCCGCGGUUCCCCGUGUCAGGGGAACGCCGGGGCGAGCUUUCGGCGGCCCAGGUGUCGGCCGCGCUCCUGUGGCUAGGCAAGUUCCACGCCGCGUCGUGGGGCUACGGCAAGGGCCAGCUGGACGCCUUCGUCCUCCCGCCGCUGCUCGAAACUGAGGACGGGAAGAAGGCGCUCUGGCUGAACGGGGGGUACACUUACCUCGCGACACGGAUGAGCGAGUUCGCGACCCUCCAGCGCGGGCGGGGCGAGUGGAGCGUGCUCGCUGAACUCGACGGCGCGGGCAACUCGCCCGCGAGCCUUGCAGCGCUGUUCCUCGAGCCGCGAGGCCGCGCUUACGAGUCCUUGAUUCACGGGGACGUCAAGUCCGAGAACCUGUUCGCGAAUGCCAGAGGGGACAGGGUGGCCUUCUUCGACUUCCAGUAUGUCGGGGUGGGACUGGGAGUGUGCGACCUCGCCAAGCUGUUCACGUGUUCUGUGCCGCUUGAGAUGCUCGUCGACACGGACGACAGGGGGCGAGUGAAGCGCCGCGGCAUGGGCAAGGGCGAGGAGGCCUUGCUCCGCGAGUACCUGGCGUACACUGGCCGGAGCAGCGAGUACGCCUUUGCCGACCUCACCCGCCACUGGGAGACCGCGCUCGUCGACUGGUGCCGCUUUCAGGCGAGCUGGGGCUGGUGGGGCAACACCGACUGGCUACAGAGCCGCGUGCGCGAGAUCCUCGCGGACGGCGGGUGGCGGCGUUGGGUGGAGGGGGAGGUGAGCGCUGGGCUGAGCGCGGCGGCGGCGCGGUAG